GCCAUUCUUUUAACUGAGGUCGCCCCUAAUCAACUUACCACCAGUAAUAAUCAGCGUGGUCUGUUCUUAUCCAACUUCUCAGCGCACCGACAAUAAGCGAAACUACCUGGAGUAUUAAUGGACAGAAAAUAUGCGAAGAAGGCUCCCGGGCAUAUCCAGAGACUUAGCGAUGGUACACAUGUCCAUUUGCUUGAGACUGAGCAGGUAGGAAGACUUGAUCGACUAUUUGUCGGCUUGCAACAGUAUAUACUCGGACUUCGAAUCUUCAAGUGGCGAUCAGUGCCGUCUGGAGUCGCGAACGAAUCUAGUGCAACCAAUUGCUUCAGGGAAAAGUAUGGGGCCUGUGAAGAUAUCAUCCACUAUGGAUCUUCUACCUCUGUGAGACUCCAUUGUCGGAAAAAGACGUAUACCCAGGCGAAACAACUCUACGCGGUCAAAGUUUUCCAUCACUACUCAGAAUGGACAAUUAGUGAUGCGCUCCGAUCAGCUCUGCGCACAGUAUCCUGCCUUGACCAUCCAAAUAUCGUUCAGGUGCUGGAACUUCUUGAUGACGACAGAGGAGAGUUCUGCAUAGUAAUGGAAUACUGUGGUGCAGGCGACCUUCACUCGAUGAUUGUCACAUCAGGAAAGCUCGUUGAUAUUGAAGCCAAUUGCUUUUUCAAACAACUUAUGCGGGCAAUCUCCUAUAUACAUGACAACGGUAUCACCCACCAAAACCUGAGUCCUAAAGACGUCCUUCUUACUGUCCACGGGGCGGUUAAAGUUACUCAUUUUACGUGGGCUCAAGAAAGUAUGCAGAGAGGAAGAGGCUACCCACUAGCAUCUCCUCACUCGCUUCCAUACAUGCCCCUAGAAGCGAUAUCUGCGCAGUCCUCUGAUCCGCGCGCUGCAGAUAUCUGGGCGGCAGCGCUGAUUUACAUGACCAUGAAAACUGGCCACUUGCUUUGGAACAGAGCCAAUGAGCAGGAUACAGAAUAUAAAAAGUAUCUCUCCACGCGCAUAGAUGAGAAUGGGUAUCCUCCAAUUCAAAGGUUAUCUAAAGUACAAAGCUCCUACGUGAUCUACGCGAUGCUGCACCCUGAACCAUCACGUCGACUCUCUGCAGACGAGGUCCUUCGUUCCGAAUGGGUCAGCAGGGUUAUCGUAUGUGAUGCGGGAAGCUCUGGAAAGUAGUAUAUUGGCCGCUCCUCGAAGUCGUAUUCGACGACCGACUUGCUGGCCCAUAACCCAGAAGCACAGUAACUAUCAAUUACAGAUGGUGAUACAGGGGGCAGGCUUUCGGAAAAUCAUGUUAGCUUUCGAAGUGCAGGCUUUGGAGACGGAAAGGAUGGAAGCCGUCGUCUUCUAUCGGCCUUGUUACGGCGACUACAAGCAUUAGGCGCUGCAGUUGGAAAGUAAUACUCUUAGUAUUAUCUUUGAACUUGUUGGCCAGCAUCCAUACUUUGAACGCAAUAUGGUGAAUACUGGGCCCGAGAGGUCCGGAAGUUUCGCG